AGUUAUAAAUGGGGGGGAAAAAUGUGUGUCCUCUGUCACUGAGGGUUGUAGAGAGCGGUGCCUGGCUGGAGAGCUCAGUGCAGCAGAGAACAGGGGCAGAGCAUGAGUUCCAAGUCAAAAUCCAUUGGGAUCAUCGGAGUGCCUUUCUCAAAGGGCCAGCCACGAGGAGGCGUGGAAGAAGGCCCUACCGUAUUGAGAAAGGCUGGCCUGCUUGAGAAACUUAAAGAACAAGGGUGUGAUGUGAAAGAUUACGGGGACCUGCCCUUUGUUGACAUCCCUAAUGAUCCUCCCUUUGAAAUUGUGAAGAAUCCAAGGUCUGUGGGAAAAGCGAAUGAGCAGCUGGCUGGUAUGGUGGCAGAGGUGAAGAAGAAUGGAAGGACCAGCCUGGUGCUGGGCGGAGACCACAGUAUGGCGAUUGGAAGCAUCUCUGGCCAUGCCAGGGUCCACCCAGAUCUCUGCGUCAUUUGGGUGGAUGCUCACACUGAUAUCAACACUCCACUGACAACCACAAGUGGGAACUUGCACGGACAACCUGUGUCUUUCCUCCUGAAGGAACUAAAAGGAAAGAUCCCUGAUGUACCAGGAUUCUCGUGGGUGACUCCCUGCAUAUCCGCCAAAGAUAUUGUGUAUAUUGGCCUGAGAGACGUGGAUCCUGGGGAACACUAUAUUUUGAAAACUCUGGGUAUUAAGUAUUUUUCAAUGACUGAAGUGGAUAAACUGGGCAUUGGCAAGGUGAUGGAAGAAGCACUCAGCUACCUACUAGGAAGAAAGAAAAGGCCAAUUCAUUUGAGCUUCGAUGUUGAUGGACUGGACCCAUCCUUCACACCAGCUACUGGCACACCAGUCCCGGGAGGUCUGACUUACAGAGAAGGUCUCUACAUUACAGAAGAAAUUUACAAAACAGGGCUACUCUCAGGAUUAGAUAUAAUGGAAGUGAACCCAUCUCUGGGAAAGACACCGGAAGAAGUAACUCGAACAGUGAACACAGCAGUAACAGUAACGUUGGCUUGCUUUGGAGUUGCUCGGGAGGGUAACCAUAAGCCUAUUGACUACCUUAACCCACCUAAGUAAAUGUGGACAUGCCAUGUAAAAAUCUCAUAGCUAAUGUCAUAAUUAGCCAAUCUAAUAACUUACUUAAGCUUACAGCUAUUGCCCCAAUGAUUUGAUCUUUCCAAAAAAUCUUCUGCCUUGGUAAUUAUUAUUAAAAUUAGUAUAAACUAUCAAUUCCCUCUGGUAUGAAAUUCAAGACUUGGACAUUCUAACUUCUGUGAAAUUGAAGUUUGUAUUUCCCAUUUUGGCAAAAGACAUCCUUAGAGAAAGAUACGUUAACUUCCAAAUAAAAUUUGCUGGCAUUAAAAACAAACACACACCUGUUUAAGCCCACACAUGUAGAAUGGGACUCCUGAUGUCAGCAGAUUAAGCUCACCCCACCUGAAAGGGAUCAUAUUCUUAUGUUGUUCAAAAGAUGUGAUUUUUAUAAUAAACUCUCUAUAUUAAGGUUC